AUGGCGGACCAGGCAGUCUUGCUGGCGCUCUCCUCGCUGUGUGGGAGUAGCGUGCGCUAUGUCGACUUGGUGCUUCUGACGUACAUGGAGAGACAGAAGAAACUUUACCUGGCCGUCGGCGCCCAGGCGCUCUUCCUGGUCAGACGCGACUGGACGCGCGUGCUGACGGGCGGCGAGAUUCUCUACGGGAUGAUCAAGCAAGUCGUGGACGACGAAGCGAGCGAGAUGGACAUAGUCCUUCUCCUCGACGCCGACGAACUUUCGCGAAAACAAAACAAAGUCUGGAACGCCGCCGAACCCCUCACGAUCACCACCAUCAACAAGGCGCUCCUUCUCCAGUGGCUAGAAGUCGCCUGGUCUGCCGACUUCAUGCUGCGCAAAGGCCGACUCGGCGUCUUCCCGAAAUACCUCGGGAAAAUGUCUGACGAAGAACAAAAAAACCAAUUCCCGGCUGUACAGUAUGACAGCUACAGUUUCUUUUUGCACCGCGAAUUCGAAGACCGGUCGGGCGGCGCAGAGACGCUGCAGACGGGGACGUAUCUGGACGGCCGCGGAGUGGAAGUUUCCGUCUCCUUCGAGCCGCCCAUCAACGUGCAGUGCCUAGAGCAGCUCGGCAGAGACAACAUUCGCCACGUGGCUGUGUCCUGGAAGAAAGCGCUCCUCGAAAGCGACUUCCAAACGCAGCUCUUGCGGUCUCAGCCGUACAUCAAGAAAAUGAAUCUGUGCGACGACCCUGCAUCCUGGUCAGGCUGGCAACUCUGGGUCAGGACGGAAACGCACACGAUCGUCUGCAUCAUUCUCCGACGCAGCUACUUCCCUCCAAUGAUGGACUUGUCUCAAGAUAUGACCAUCCUCUUUAGAAUCAGCUACGAAGAUCAAAAGGCGUACAACGUGCGCGACCUCGACUUUUUGAAGGAGGCAGAAUUCGCUGCAGACUCGCUCGCUCCCAUCGCGCAAACGCACUCUUGGCUGCGCGAAAUCCUCCAAGCGAAAUUAGAUGCUCUCAUCUACCAACCUGAGCAGUACCAGUGGUUCGCCCUCCACCUCAAAAUGCAUCCCAAGUGGAUUGCCCACGCGCGAAUGUUUUUGAAAUCCAUUCUCGCGCUCCUCUACAAAGAAGGCGUCCUCGCCGAUGCAGAGUUGCUGGACCUCGUUGGUGAGCACGUGGAGGUUGUCGAAGAUCCGAUGACCGUUGCGCACGAACUCAUCAGGCAAGGCGAAGGAUUAGAUCCCGUGAUUGACUCGAAGAUCAGCGGGGCGAUUUUGGCUGUGCGAAACGCCCGCAAAGAGGCGAGCGGUCCGAGGAAGGCCGGAGCGCCUGAGGACACAGUUAGCGAGGUGGGAGACAGAGAGAUGAACGAGGACGAAGAGGAGGCAGCUCUCCUCGAUUCGGAUUUGGAGCCCCAAGAAAUUAUUGCCUACCAUAGAUGGAGCAUGCGCGUCAGCCAGUACCUCGCCUACUGCAUCGACGAAGGCGUCCUCGGCUACAAGUUCUGUCUUGCUGACCUCAGUGAAGCGAUCGGUCUUGUUUCUCAAGCGGCGGACCGGAAACUUCGAGAGAUCUUCGCCUUCAUUCUGCACCUACGGCCAAAGAACAUGAUUCUUCGCUGGAGCGCAGAGAGUCUCCGACACGCCAAGACGACUCUGAAAAAAAGGGACUACAUCUUCAACGACCGCGUCUUUGUGCCUCUGGUGGAGUGCGGAUUCAUGGCGAAGCUCUUCUCAAAAGGAGAAGAAGCUGCGUACCUCGAUCUCCUUCGAGUUCUCCUUCUCGGUGCAACGUCGCUGGGUUUGAAGACGGCGCUCUGUAGGCAAAUCCUCAAGGCCUCGGGCGACAGGAGAGAGAAACAAAGCAGCGAGGCACUCUACACCGUCGUUCCGGCUCUUGUCAAUGUUCUGCGAAACAAGGCCAACAUCUCAGCAAGGAGCACGGUGCCUCUGUUAAACCUCGCUCUCUCUGCACUGGUCAACUUGAGCGCCGGAGACGCCCGCGUCAAGGAAAUCCUCUUGGAGACAGAUGUCUACCACGCGAUUGUCUUCGUCUUGAAGACGAAGGAAGAUAGUCUCAUGCUGCCUUGCGUCCAGCUCUCCGUGAAUCUGACCAAGACAGGUGCCCAUCGCCAGGCGUUCAUUUCCUCCGGAGCGUUCAAUCUUCUCCUCGACCUUCUCAUGGCGCAGUACUCCAGUCUGUACUUCCACAAACAGAAACUCUUGGCCUGCGUCGCGGGGCUGCUCGGCCAGCUUGCCAACGAACCGAAGGUGUCUCAGGACAUGGUAGACAACUACCCCGUGCUCGACUGUCUCCUCUACAUGUUUCACGCCGCAGAUACCACAAUCGAAUUCAGGUCCAAGGUGGUUUUCGGGCUCAAACAGCUGUCGCAAGGACGUUGGCAUGUUCAGCAACGGGUCGGAAAGCACUGCAUUCAGACGCUCGUAACUGAACUGAGAGAAUCUGGAAGCUAUGUCGACUACUCAGCGACCGUCCUGGUUCUUCUUCAGGUCUUAUCCGACUUUAAGCCGAAUUGCUUCGACAUGAAGGCAGCAGGCAUCCACGACGCCUUCGAGUAUUUGUUAGCGCGCACAAAGGUCGACAGCAUAUACACGCGAAUUGCGGGUCUCCAAGAGCGGAUCAAUCGCCAAACUCGCUACGACUACUUUGCGAGUUAA